AUGAGUUCGGCACAGGCAUCGGGAUUCCGAAAGCUUAUCAUCGUCGGUGCAGGCCCAGCAGGGCUUCUGCUCGCACUGCUCCUCGGCAAAAAAGGUGUUCGAAUAGACAUCUUGGACGCAGCAGACAAACUGGACGAGCAGCCGCGGGCGACUCACUACAACUCCCCAGCGACACGUGAGCUUCACCGCGCAGGUGUGCUUGAAGAUGUUCGCGCUGCCGGUUUCAUUCCCCGGAGAGUGGCCUGGCGCAAAGCGGACGGUACAUUCCUCGCCGGUCUUGAUGGCUCGGUCGUUCCGGAGGACAGCCAGGACAGGAUGGUAUGCCUGCCUCUUAACCGUCUGGGGAAGAUCAUCCUUCAGCACCUACAAUCGAUCCCUUCCGUGGACAUCAAGUGGUCUCAUAACGUCGUCAGCCUAGGACAGGAUGAGACAAAGGCCUGGGUAGAUGUUGACACACCUGAAGGACGGCAAACCUUGGACGCCGACUACAUUAUUGGAUGCGACGGUGCUAAUAGCAUCAUUCGCCGUGCCCUCCAAGGCGAUAUGAAUUUCCCAGGAAAGACUUGGCAUGAACAAAUCGUGGCAACAAAUGUCUACUAUGACUUCGACCAAUUUGGGUGGGACGAUGCAAAUUUCAUCAUUGACCUCGAACAUUGGUUCAUGGCAUCGAGAAUUGGCAAGGACGGCCUAUGGCGGGUCUCGUAUGGAGACAUUCCCGGCCUUUCUAGGGAAGAAUACCUUGAACGUCAGCCCAUGAAAUACGAGCAGAUGCUCCCAGGGAAUCCAAAGCCCGGCCAAUACCGAAUCACUAACAUCAGCCCGUACAAGAUCCAUCAACGUUGUGCAGAGAAAUUCCGCAUUGGCCGUUUCAUACUUGCCGCCGAUGCGGCCCAUCUGUGUAAUCCAUUUGGUGGACUGGGUCUUACAGGCGGUUUCGCCGACGUUGGCAGUUUGUACGACUGCUUGAUUGGGAUCCACGAGGGCAAAGCCGACGACUCGAUUCUCGACGAAUACGAUCAAGUACGACGGGACCUGUAUCACAAUUUCAUCGACCCGGCGUCGAGCGAGAAUUUGCGCCGCCUCAACGGUCAAGAUCCCGACCAGGCACUAAAACGCGAUGGAUUCCUGCAGCAGUGUGUCAAGGCUGCCUCAAACCUGGAGCUCGCACGAGAAAUGCAAAUGGGCCUCAACGUGAUACUCCACGACUUCACCCAGCACUAUCGGAAGGAUCCCGAAGCGGCCGUCGUUGCCAAUUCUGUAUGAAGCUCUUCUGACGGGGAAAUCAG